AGGUUCAACUCUUGUUAUUUAAAUAUAAUAUAUGGAUUAUUCAUAUUUAAAUGUUGCAUACUUCCUUUUUAAAUGCCGAUUAUUUUUUUACAGAUAGGUCUUUUUAAAAUUUUAGCUCUAUACUUUAGCGCACUCUACUGUUUCUGUUUCUUCUUGUAUUAUGAUUCUUUUGGCUUAAAAGGUCUCGUUACCAGGCCAUAAAAUUAAUUUAAAAAAAUACUUAUGAUUCUCCCGCCAAUUUUUAGCCGUCAAAGUCCCAUUAACGAGUUCUUGAAUCGCGGUGUAUUUUACUUUGUAGCUUUCGUGUACACUCUACAUCUUAAAAUAUCUUAAUCACAUCUGGCGUAACUGUGCUAACUUGAAACAAUUAACAGUAUUCUAAAGUUUACUCCUUUAUCACGUUGUAUAUCACGUUUAGACGACACCACGUUUAUACGUUGUUAAUUAAGAAAGUACGUAACAUUCUAGGAAAAUACAACAAUAACAAUUGGAAGUCUUCUAUUUCACCAACUAGACACAUUAUUCAUUCACAAUACAUUUUUGAAAACAUCAGCAAAUUACAAAGUUUUAAAGUUCAUAAUGGUUGGAAAAAUGAAUAAGUUAUAUGUCCUGAAGCGUGGUGGAAGAAUGGAAGAAGUCCACAUUGAUAAGAUAACAUCAAGAAUAAAAAAGCUUUGCUAUGGGCUUAACAUGGACUUUGUAGAUCCAGUAAGUAUAACACUGAAAGUUAUAAGUGGCAUAUAUUCUGGAGUGACAACAGUUGAACUAGAUAAUUUAGCUGCAGAGAUUGCCGCUACAAUGACUACAGAUCAUCCAGAUUAUGCUGUCCUUGCAGCUAGGCUUGUUAUAUCCAAUUUACAUAAGGAGACAAAAAAACAUUUUUCAGAUGUUAUGACUGAUUUAUAUAAAAUUAUCAACCCACAUACAAACAAAAAGGCACCCAUGAUAUCUGAUUUUCAUUAUAAAGUUAUUGUAAAUAAUAAAGACAGAUUAGAUUCAGCAAUUGUAUAUGACCGGGACUUUAAAUACAACUAUUUUGGUUUUAAAACUUUAGAAAGAUCAUAUCUUCUAAAGAUUAACAAUAAGGUUGCAGAGAGGCCACAACAUAUGUUAAUGAGAGUGGCAAUUGGUAUACAUGGAGAUGACAUAGAUGCUGCCAUUAAGACAUACAAUUUGUUAUCUGAAAAAUACUUUACUCAUGCCAGUCCAACUCUUUUCUCAGCAGCAACACCUAGACCUCAGCUGUCUUCUUGUUUUUUAAUUGCUAUGAGAGAUGAUAGUAUUGAGGGUAUAUAUGAUACCCUAAAGCAAUCAGCUUUAAUAUCAAAGUCUGCGGGUGGAAUUGGUCUUCAUGUCCAUUGUAUAAGAGCUAAGGGAACAUAUAUUGCUGGUACAAAUGGGGUUUCAAAUGGCUUAGUGCCUAUGUUAAGAGUGUACAACAACACUGCAAGAUAUGUUGAUCAAGGUGGAAAUAAAAGACCAGGUGCAUUUGCUAUUUAUUUAGAACCAUGGCAUGCUGAUAUUUUUGAAUUUUUAGACCUAAAAAAAAAUACAGGAAAAGAAGAGGUGCGUGCCAGAGAGCUUUUCUAUGCUCUUUGGAUCCCUGAUUUAUUCAUGAAGAGAGUAGAAAAUAACGAAAAUUGGAGUCUUAUGUGUCCCCACAAUUCUCCUGGCCUUGCUGAUUGCUGGGGAGAAGAAUUUGAGAAGUUGUAUGAACAAUAUGAAAAAGACAAGAAGUAUGUUAAACAAGUUCGUGCACAAAUUUUAUGGAAAGCAAUAAUUGAAGCACAAGUAGAGACUGGAACACCAUUUAUGCUGUAUAAAGAUUCAUGUAACAGAAAAAGCAAUCAACAAAACCUUGGCACUAUUAAAUGUAGCAAUCUUUGCACAGAAAUCGUAGAAUACACCUCGGAAGAUGAAGUGGCUGUCUGUAAUUUAGCAUCCAUAGCUCUCAACAUGUUUGUCAAUGAAAACAAAACUUACAAUUUUGAAAACUUAAAGGAAGUCACUAAAACAAUUACCCAAAAUUUAAACAAAAUUAUUGAUGUGAAUUACUAUCCAGUUCCAGAAGCAAAAAAUUCUAAUAUGAGACACCGACCAAUUGGGAUUGGUGUUCAAGGUUUGGCUGAUACAUUUGUUUUAAUGCGUUAUCCAUAUGAAAGUGAAAAUGCAAUAAAAUUAAAUCAACAAAUAUUUGAGACAAUUUAUUAUGGGGCCCUAGAAGCAAGCUGUGAAUUGGCAGAAAAAGAAGGCAUAUACAGCACCUUUGAAAAUAGCCCUGCCAGUAAAGGUAUUUUGCAAUAUGAUAUGUGGAAUAAAAUACCUACGGAGCUUUGGGAUUGGGUUGCUCUAAAAGAGAAAAUUUCUAAACACGGUCUUCGUAACUCUUUGCUUAUAGCGCCUAUGCCGACCGCAUCCACAGCACAAAUUCUUGGAAAUAAUGAGUCAUUUGAACCAUUUACGUCAAACAUAUAUCAGAGAAGGGUUUUGUCAGGAGAAUUUCAGGUAGUGAACCACCAUCUUUUGAAAGAUUUAACGCAAGCAGAUCUUUGGGAUGAAGACAUGAAAAACCUUAUCAUUCAUAAUAAUGGCUCAAUUCAAAAUAUUGAAAGAAUUCCGAAAGAAAUUCGAGACUUAUACAAAACAGUCUGGGAAAUUUCAGUUAAAACGACGAUUCAAAUGGCAGCCGAUAGGGGCGCAUUUAUCGAUCAAAGCCAAUCUUUUAAUAUUCAUGUUGCUGAACCAAAUUAUGGAAAGUUGACUUCUAUUCAUUUUCAUGCAUGGAAAAUGGGGCUUAAAACUGGUAUGUAUUAUUUGCGCACAAAACCAGCUGCCAAUGCCAUUCAAUUUACGGUUGACAAAUCAAAAGUCAAAGUUGGAAAUGGUAAGGUUGAUAAAGACGAAGCUGAUAUGUCAAUGAUUGCAUGCUCAUUACUUAACAAAGACCAAUGUCUAAGUUGUGGUUCUUAGUUGUAUAAUUAUGAAAUAAAAUCGGUUUAUAUAUAUAUUUUUUUUAAAUAAAUGCAUUUAUAAU